GCAAGCACCAUGCAGCUCACCACUUACAUCCAGCUGGCAAUCGCUCUCGCCGCUUCGAGCUACGGUCUCUCGAUCGAGCCUCGGGCUAGUUGCACCUUCACCUCGACCUCGGCGCUUGCCUCGGGCAAGGGUUCCUGCUCUUCGAUCACCUUGCAGGGUAUUGCUGUGCCUGCCGGCCAGACGCUCGACCUGACCGGCCUCAAGUCGGGAACCUCGGUCACCUUUGCCGGUACGACGACGUUCGGCUACAAGGAAUGGGAAGGACCCCUCAUCUCUGCUGAUGGCUCCAUCACCAUCACUGGCGCCAGCGGCCACCUCAUCGACUGCGACGGAGCCCGCUGGUGGGACUCCAAGGGCAGCAACGGUGGCAAGACGAAACCCAAGACUUUCUUCGCCCACAACAUGUCCAACGCAAAGAUCACCAACCUCAAUGUGAAGAACACUCCCGUUCAGGGUUUCUCCAUCAAUGGCGCAAAGUCGCUCACCCUCGACCACAUUACCAUCAACAACAAAGAUGGCGACUCGAAUGGUGGGCACAACACCGACGCCUUUGACGUUGGUUCCAGCACCACCGUCACCAUUUCCAACUCCAACGUGCAGAACCAGGACGACUGCUUGGCCGUCAACUCGGGCUCUGACAUUCACUUCACUGGCAACACCUGCUCGGGUGGCCACGGCAUCUCGAUUGGUUCCGUUGGCGGGCGUUCUGACAACAAGGUCGACGGUGUCUACGUGAGCGGCUCGAGCGUGUCGAACUCGGAAAACGGCGUCAGGAUCAAGACUGUCUCUGGCGCGACGGGCUCGGUCAACAACGUGCACUACACCAAUGUCAAGCUGUCCAACAUUUCCAAGUAUGGCAUCGUCAUUGAACAGGACUACGAAAACGGCGGGCCAACGGGCACACCGACGACCGGCGUCCCCAUUACCAAUCUCGAAGUGUCGGGCGUGACGGGCUCAGUCUCGUCGAGCGCCACGGAAGUCUACAUCCUCUGUGGAAAGGGAAGCUGCUCCGGCUGGAAGUGGAGCGGCAACAGCAUUUCGGGCGGGAAGAAGUCGACAAAGUGUGCAAAUGUCCCUUCGCCUGCUUCGUGCUGAGCGGCGAUGCGCACGCGAUCCUCUAUUCUGCUCUUUUUUCUCUUCGUUCGUACGAAUUCGCACU